UCAAUUAUCCGCACUCUCGCAACUCUGUCCGUCUCUGCUCUUGUAAAUUCCGCGCACUUGACUAAUCUGCUGGGGGCUGUCAGAACGAUUGCACCAUGGUGCCACGUAGUUUGGAGCUCUCAGCUACCAUAGUUCCUGUUAGUGUGCCCCUUGUGCACGACUCGCCCAGCGAGCACCACGACGACUCGACUCUCCCACAGAGCCACGUGAUGCUACUCAAGGCCUCGUGCUGCGCGUCGAACGACUAUGUGUCGCACAUCGAGAAUGCACGUGGAGCCAAGCCCGCUUCUCUGCUGACUCCAACGCUGAACUCAUGGAAAGACGCCUCGUGCCCCACGUGGUACCCCGCGUCCCCGUCCUCGGCACUAGCAAGCGCAUUGCCGCCGCUGUUCGCCCCUUCGCCAGUGCCGCACUUAGAUGCAUCACGAGCCAAGCUCGACGCGCGAUCCGCUAGCUUGCCUGAUGGAUCGCGCGCCGCCAGCGUCGUACCAAGCGGGACCAUCGUUGCGAGCAGCAGCACGAGCAGCAACAGCAGCGGCCACCACAGCGACCAUCAUGGCUUCGGCGGGGAAGUACGGCACGCGGAGCACUGGAAUACCGGCGGGGACGCGGAAAUCCAGUCGGGAGGGAGAGCAAGUGGCGCGAACCUGGCAGAUCAGGCGCAAUACGGCGCCGAGAAUCACGCCGAGAGGCAGGUGGAGAGCGCGGACCGUCGCGGAGCCGCGGAGCCGUCAGCGCAGCGCGCUGAGUGCGGUAUGACGCUCUCCGGCGCUUCGGACCUGCUGAACGACGCCACGGGGUGCGGGCAGGCGAGGCCGAGCCACGUGCUGGAGAUGCUGUCGGCCGCCGUGCAGCAGCAGCAGGAGAUCGGAGGCGACGACGGCCGUCACACCACGGACGGCGCGGCGGCGUCCGCCGGCCACGUCGGACAUAACCCCGUGGCGCAAGGCAUGGGGCUGCAUCACCCUCACGCCCCCCAGCCUGGCGGGUCUCUUCGGUCCGGCGGGAGCCACAUGGUGCCCCCGCAGAAGCGGCCGUGGAACCCGCCGCCUCUCCCCGCCAUGGGGCUUAAGCUGGCGGACAUCAAGCGCGUCAUCGGCCUCAAGACCGCGCCGCCCACCAAGAAGCCGCGCAAGGGCGAGUCGCCGAGCCCGUCGUCCGUGGCGUCGCAGCACGCGCCGGGCACGUCAUCGCUGGCCCAGCGCCUGGCGGCGGCCCUCCCCGCCCACGCGCAACACCUUGCCGGCAAGCCGCCCCUCGCGCCGUCAGCCGCGACACUCUCCAAUGUUCCUAACGCGCCGCAGGCCAGCCCCUGCGCCGACAUGCCGUCCGCCCUUGCCCCCGGCGCGCCCGACGCCUCCCUCCUGUGCCGAGGCGGCGAGUCGCUGGACGACGUGGCGCGCCUCAUGCCCUCGUGGCCCGGCGGCGCCAUGAGCUGCGGCGCGCACGCAGGCGACAUGUGCGGCGGCCUGGACUGCGCGGACGCCAGCCAUCUGGCGCACGGCCCCAUGCCCUGCGCACACUCGCCCGAUGGCAGCGCGGAUCCCGUCUGCGCGGGGUGCGCGGCGAUGGAGGGAGUGGCGCAGGACGACAUGCACACCGUCUGCCCGGGCUGCACGCCGAGCAACGCCUUGGCGCAUGGAGCAGACGGGCCUUGGGGCACUGCUAGCGCCCACUGCCACGCGCCCGGCACGCAGCACAUGGACAUGAUGGGUGGCGCCGUGCCGCCAUACGUCAGUCGCUUUCCCAUGGGCAUGCGCAUGUCCAGUUCCAUGGCCAUGGGAAUGGACGCCCUCGGGAAUACUUUGAGCAUGGACCAACGCUUGCCCAUGGGCAUGAGCAUGGCCAUGCCCGGGGCCAUGGCCAUGGGCAUGGGCAUGGACGCCCUUGGUAACCCCAUGAUGUACCCCUGGCAGCAGCAAGCGCCGCACAUGGGGUGCAGUUGCUGCCCACCAUCGUCGCACGCAGGAGCGCCGUGGGAAGCGUCGCUGUCGCCAACGCCACCGCCUGCAUGCCCGAGCAUGCCCUUCCCGCCUGCUCCGCUCCUCACCCCGUCGCUGCAUUCCUCCAUGCGUCUACCCGCCAGCAUGCCUGGCUCCGGCAGUGGCUCAUCUGGCGCCCUCGAGGCGUCACUUGCUGCGCCGUGUGGCACGGGCGGCGGCCUGGAGGCGAGGCUGGCUGGUGCGCUGGGAGCAGAGGCGGCAGGGUGGGCGGGCACGGAGGGGAUGGAGGAUGGGCGCGAUGCCGCAGGGCUGUUCUGCUCUGCAGCAGGGAUGGCGGAGGGAGGCGUUGGCGGACCCGUGGAGGCAGCAUGCGAGGCAGCAUCGGAUGACAAGGAGAUCAAGAGAAAGGAGUCGAACCGCGUGUCGGCACGCAAGAGCCGGCAAAGGCGGCAACUGCAGAUGGACCGACUAGAGGCAGAGGCUGUGCGGCUUAGGGAGACAAACGCAUCACUGUCACAGCAGGCGCAAGAGGCAGAGGCGCGUGUGGAGGAGCUGAUGAGCCACCAGAAGGAGCUGCAGCGCCAGUGCGAACAAGUGAGGAGGCAGCUCCAAGCAGCCAAGGAUGUUACCCAGGAAGACUUCCAUGACACACACACUAGCAGGUGCUUUCAGUAGCUUUCUAGGGGGAGCAUUCUAUUGCCCAAAGGUUUUGCAUCACAUCACAUGUCAAAUAUGGUAUUGUGUUAGA